UUAAUAGUUUUUUUUUUUUUUAAUAAUUUAAACUGUGAAACUAGUCGGAGUUCUGGCAAGCUCGACCGUACUUGGCCGUUAAUGGCGAGCUACAAGAUUCUUAACCGCCUCCGCCGUUCUAUUCCAGCUGCUUAUCUCUCUCACAAGCGUGGAUACCACCUUCUCACCAUUCUUAACCCUAAUUCUAGCUCUGUCACUAACCCUCUCCCGUUUACUCCCCACCUCGGCAAACCCAACCUCCCGUUAAAGAAUCCGUACUCGUUGUUGCUCAACUCUCGAGCUAUUACCACUCAGUCCGAAGAUGAUUCGGUGUUUGGAGAAGCUCGAGGUGUUGAUAUUGAUCACUCGAUCACUGUGUCGCCCGAGUUGAUUACCGAGUCCAAUGUUAUGGAUGCCGCUUUAUCAAUUAGCGGCGAAGAGUCAAUGCUUCCAAUUCGUGUAGUAAGCUCAAUGCUUGAUGGGUUUCAUGAGAUUAGUUGCUUACCUUGGUGGGUAGUUAUUGCUUCCUCUACAUUGGCUCUGAGAGCUGUUCUGUUCCCUUUGCUUAUAUUUCAACUUCAUAAGUUGAAACGAAUUGGAGAAUUGUUUAGUAAAUUGCCAUCCCCAUUUCCAGAGCCUUUAUCAGAAAAAAGUUAUAUUGAUCAUAUUUCACACUUUAUGAAGGAAAGGAAAGCCAUUGGGUGUCCCUCAUUUUUAUGGUUCCUUCCAUACGUCUGUGUCCAGGUGCCAUGCUUCUUCUUGUGGAUGACUACUGUACGAAGAAUGUCGCUGGACCAUCACCCUGGGUUUGAUUGUGGAGGUGCAUUUUGGUUCCAGAAUUUGACUGAAUUCUCUCAUGGGAUUUCAGGGUCCAUAUUCCCUGUAGUAAUUGCUGGUUUGCACUAUGCCAAUGUUCAGAUUUCCUUCAGAAAAUCUUCAGUAAAAAAGGUUACUAGCCUGCUUGACUUAUUAGUAAAAUACUACAAGCACUACUUGGAUUUCUUGACACUGCCUAUACUUUUAAGUUGUUACUUUGUUCCUCAGGGAAGCCUUGUGUAUUGGGUCACAAAUAGUUCACUUACUGCUAUACAGCAAUUAUCUCUCAAAAAUCCUGCUGUACUUGUAAAGUUGGGGCUAUCAGAUAAGAUUACUUUUAGCUCAGCUGCAGACUCGGGCAAUAGUAUUCCUGCUAUAACUUCCUCAAGUGAACCUAAAAAAAAUCAGCUAGUAUUUUUGGAAGACCUCUCCCCUAUUCCCUCAACAAAACCUGAAAAACUUAAGGAAGUCUUUUUGGAAGACCUCUCCCCCAAGGAACUGCUUAACCUUUCCGUCCAACUAUUAUCAAAACAACACAUUGAAAGUGCAAUUCCUAUAAUGCAACUGGCACUUUCCAAGGAUCCCGAGUACACACAAUGUUUGGUUCUCAUGGGUCAGACUCUAAUGCAGAAAGGAAUGCUUACAGAGGCGAUCAAGUAUCUGGAGCGUGCUAUUUAUAAGCUCUUGCUUGGUGGUGAGCCUACCGAAGUGGAGGACAUCGAUCAUUUAAUCUGCGCAUCUCAAUCGGCGGGUUCUCUCUAUAUUUGUCAGGGAAAAUUUAAGGAAGGUCUGGUACACUUGGAAAGGAUCGGAAGGUUGAAAGAACCAGAGGACCCUGUAAGCAAAGCUCACUAUUUUGAUGGAAUAUUAAAGCUUUCAAGUGCUUUAUACAAUGUGGGUCGCAGAGAAGAAGCAGCAUAUUAUCUUCGAUUAGCUGCUGCAUAUAAUCCAGCUUUCAAUGAAUACUUGGAGCAAUGUGAAAAUGAUGAUGACUCUUUGGUCAGUGAUCUUGCCAGCAGUAGACGACAAGAUUAUUGACUGUUACCCUUUUUUCAUUAUUUCUUGCUUAUUCUCAUUCAAUUCUAUUACUUAUUAGAUUAAUCAUGAUUUGCUUAACUUAGUUACUCAAGUAAAUAUAAAUAUAUAUAUGUGAAUUUCACAAUUUAGCUUUUUUAUUAAUAAAAAAAUUACUUAUCUAUUUUAAUAAUUUUCUAAAUGUAAUAUUCACAAUUUUACAUUUACAUUUCUAUUUUAAUUUUCAUUAUUAGUACA